CCAAAGCCCAUCUAAAUUUCUUUCGUCCGUCAAGCUCCUCCUUUUUCCUGGCGAAUGAUUCCACCGUUGCUGGGCAAAACGGGGGUCAGAGCCGAAUCGGGUCGAUUUCUUCCCUUUCAAUCUCGACCGGCAAAAUCCUCCGGCGUCGGCAGCUGUUCAGCCGUUUCUCUGGGGUGCCCGCUCAAGGUUAGGGGCAUGCGAAAUGGAACUGGCAGACAGAGCAGUGGGGUUUCUGUUAACACUUGUUAGCUUAUCCAUCUUCACUUACUACACCUUUUGGGUCAUCAUUCUGCCUUUUGUGGAUAGCGAUCACUUCGUCCACCAGUACUUUCUACCACAGGAAUACGCAAUACUCAUUCCCGUUUUCGCAGGCGUGGUGCUCUUAUGCUUCUUAUGUGUGUUCAUUGGGUUUGUGAUGCUCAAACCGAAAAAGAAGAAAGCAUAGUGACCGGUAUUCAUAGUUCCUUUUCUGUUUGGCCUAACACUACCACAUGCUGAUUCUGUAAUUAGUUAUCUUUUUUCCGGAUUAGAUGUAAUGAAGAAUAUGUGGACUGAUACUUCUUGUAAUGGAUCUUUGACUGGAAGAGGAUUUUUUGCUGGGUAAUUGGAUUUCCUAUAUUUUCAAAGACUUGUUUAUUGAUC